AUGCCCCUCGGAUCACACUCGCACGUAGUCAAUAAAUUUGUUAAAUUUUCUCCACAGACACUCAGCAGAAGCUCAGAAUAUAGAAUAUACUUUAUAUUACUUGAACUGCCUGGGCAAAUCCUAGACCUCAAAGUUAUUCCAGUGAUUGACUUUCCAUCUGUGCAGGUGUGCAGACAUUUUCAGAAAGAGAGUGAAAAAUACAAUCCUCGUAUCACCCAAUUCAUGUGUAUGUGCAAGAGCGGGUAG